GAGUCGACAGUUAAACCACCGACCAGUCCACAACAAACAGUGAAGAGGAAACUGAGGAGGAAAGAGGAGAGAGAGAGGUAGAAUCUCCACCUAAACAUCUCUAGAGAUUCUGGUUGAAUUAAGAGUGCUGAGCACUCGCAUCCUUCAGCAACAUGGGGGAACUCUUCAGAAGUGAAGAGAUGACACUGGCUCAGCUCUUCCUCCAGUCAGAAGCUGCAUACUGUUGUGUUAGUGAACUGGGAGAGAUCGGGAUGGUGCAAUUUCGGGAUCUAAAUCCUGAUGUGAAUGUGUUCCAACGCAAGUUUGUUAAUGAAGUACGGCGAUGUGAGGAGAUGGAUCGCAAACUGAGAUUUGUGGAGAAAGAAAUAAAGAAGGCCAACAUCCCAAUAGUUGACACUGGAGAGAACCCUGAAGUCCCCUUCCCGAGGGACAUGAUCGACUUGGAGGCCACUUUUGAGAAGCUUGAGAACGAGCUGAAGGAAAUAAACACCAACCAAGAAGCCCUAAAGAAGAACUUCCUGGAACUGACUGAGCUCAAGCACAUCCUGCGUCGCACACAGCAGUUUUUUGAUGAGAUGGAGGAUCCCAGUUUACUGGAGGAGUCUUCCACCCUCAUAGACCCCAGUGAGCCUAACCGAGGGGCUCCUCUCAGACUGGGAUUUGUUGCUGGAGUCAUUGGCAGGGAACGUAUUCCCACAUUUGAGAGGAUGCUGUGGAGAGUUUGCAGAGGAAAUGUGUUCCUGAGGCAGGCAGACAUUGAAGAUCCUCUGGAGGACCCGACUACGGGCGACCAGGUCCACAAGUCUGUCUUCAUCAUCUUCUUCCAGGGAGACCAGCUGAAGAAUAGAGUCAAGAAGAUCUGUGAGGGGUUCAGAGCAACCUUGUACCCGUGUCCAGAAACACCUCAGGAGAGGAAAGAGAUGCUAGCAGGAGUCAAUGCACGCAUUGAAGACCUGCAAAUGGUGCUGAACCAGACCGAGGAUCACAGGCAGAGGGUCCUGCAGGCUGCAGCCAAGACAGUCAGAGUGUGGUUCAUCAAGGUGAGGAAGAUGAAGGCCAUAUACCACACCCUCAACCUCUGCAACAUCGACGUCACUCAGAAGUGUCUAAUCGCUGAGGUGUGGUGUCCCGUCUCUGACCUGGACUCCAUCCAGUUUGCCCUGCGCCGGGGGACGGAGAAGAGCGGCUCCACUGUGCCUUCCAUCCUCAACAGGAUGCAGACCAAGCAGACCCCACCCACCUAUAAUAAGACCAACAAGUUCACCUCAGGCUUCCAAAACAUUGUGGAUGCCUAUGGAAUUGGCAGCUACCGUGAGAUUAACCCAGCACCAUACACCAUCAUCACCUUCCCCUUCCUGUUUGCGGUCAUGUUCGGUGACCUGGGCCACGGGACGCUCAUGACCUGUGCUGCCCUGUACCUUGUGCUGAGAGAGAGCAGGUUGAUGGCCCAAAAGAACGAUAAUGAGAUGUUCAGCAUGGUGUUCGCAGGACGUUACAUCAUCCUGCUAAUGGGAAUCUUCUCAAUCUACACUGGUAUUAUUUACAACGACUGUUUUUCUAAGUCCCUCAACGUGUUUGGCUCUGGCUGGAGUGUCAGGCCCAUGUUCGACGCUCGACUAGGAGGCAACUGGACGUUUGAUACACUGGAAGGCAAUAAAGUUUUGCAGUUGGAUCCAACAAUAGAUGGAGUGUUUAAAGGCCCGUACCCCAUUGGCAUCGAUCCGAUAUGGAACAUUGCCACCAACAAGCUGACGUUCCUGAACUCAUUCAAGAUGAAGAUGUCUAUUAUCCUGGGAGUCAUCCACAUGCUGUUCGGAGUCUCUCUCAGUCUCUUCAACCACCUGUAUUUCAAGAAGCCACUAAAUAUCUACUUGGGAUUCAUUCCAGAGAUUGUCUUUAUGGCCAGCCUGUUUGGCUACCUAGCCAUUCUGAUCUUCUAUAAAUGGUUCUCAUACGAUGCAAGCACCUCCAAAGAUGCUCCCAGUCUCCUCAUCGCCUUUAUUAACAUGUUCCUCUUCAACUACAACGACCCCAGUAACAAACCUCUCUACAGAGGACAGAUGGCCAUACAGUCACUCUUGGUGAUUAUCGCCUUGGCUUGUGUUCCCUGUAUGUUAAUAGUGAAGACUCUAGUUCUGCGGAGACAGCAUUUGUGGCGGAAAAACCUGGGUACCCAGAACUUUGGAGGGAUCAGGGUGGGCAACGGGCCCACUGAGGAUGAGGCUGAAAUCAUCCAGCAUGACCAGCUCUCACAGCACUCUGAGGAGGAGCCUGAGGCCCAUGAGGAGGAAGAGUUUAACUUUGGAGAUGUGGCAGUGAAUCAGGCCAUCCACACCAUAGAGUACUGCCUGGGCUGUAUCUCCAACACUGCCUCCUAUCUGAGGCUUUGGGCCCUCAGUCUGGCUCAUGCACAAUUGUCAGAGGUGCUGUGGUCCAUGGUUAUGCACAUCGGCCUCUCUUCCAGAAGCUUUGGAGGCUUCUUCCUUUUGGCCAUAGUCUUUUACUUCUUUGCUGUUCUAACAGUUGCCAUUCUUCUCAUUAUGGAAGGCCUGUCAGCCUUUUUGCAUGCACUGCGACUGCACUGGGUGGAGUUCCAAAACAAGUUUUACUCGGGCCAGGGCUUCAAGUUCCUCCCCUUCACCUUCGAAAGCAUCCUGGAUGGGAGGUUUGAGGACUAAGAUCUGACGACGACGACGACUCCUCUUCUAUUAAAUGUCAUAACGUCUUGAGAGUCUGUGUGGUGUUGAAUAGUGAUUUUUGUGUGCGAUGCAGUUAACGACUUCCCGAGUGUUACCACAUCUACAAGAGUGACACUCCAAAAGAUUAUCUGUCAGACUGCCAUUUGUUUUAAACAUCACUUUUUAAAAAUAAGUAUCUAAAUCUGGAACAACUCAGAAAUUACUAUUCAUUCAUUCAUUCAUUCAUUCCUGAGAAAAAUAGCAUUACUGUUAUGUGUCUUUGUCUUAGUGAAGUUUGUUCUCGUGUUUUAUUUAGUUUAAUAUUAUUUAUGCAAAUUAUUCCUUUAUAAACCUGCAUUUCUUUUUCAAUGUGGCAGUGUUGCACUACCAAUCAGAAAUUAGGUCUGUUCUGUGCAGAUGUCUCGACCCAUUGUGUUGACAGAUGCUUAUUCAGAGUAAAGUGACAGAAGUGUUUGCUACUUUCCUGUCCGUCUCCUCCACUUUGUUGUAUCUCUUUCUCUCUGUGUCGUCAUUGUCCUUCAGCAACACUUAACACCUUGCGCACAUCUCCUCUGUUUGAUUUAAAGAAAAACCAGACACCCGCUUUGCACACGCAGACGCCUCUAUUACACUGCGUACUGACCUCACACGUAGAGAGCUAUAAAGGUCCAAAGGGAAUACGAUUUAACUCGCAUCAGGAUGUCAGUCCGCGCUUUGAAGAUGGAGAUGAAAUGAUUGUUUAAUCCUGCACUAACAUUGCCAUAAACGCCCCUUUGUGUUCAGUGAUUUGUUCUCUAUUGAUCUUCAGUACAGAGAAUCUGUGAGUGGAUGUCCAGUGACAAUCCCAGCAUGCUGAAAUCGUUCAGCAGUGUCAGUCGUGAUGAUUUUCAUUCCUUCUGAUUUCAGUCGUAUGUUUAAAGUUGAAAAUGUUAUUGUCACACUUAGAAGGGAGUAAGACUGGCAUACAGCAGACAUGUUUAAGUAGAAUUAAUUCCUCACAAAUCAUUAAUACCGACGUCAGUUGUGCAUUUCUGUGUCAAUAAAAUGGAAAGAGCUGGAUUAA